AGAGCGAGAGCUAGGGAGAGCAGAGGAGCGGAGAGGGAGGGCGAGGAAAGACGCGCGCAGAGGCACACGACCACUGGAAUUCUGUUAGGAAAAAAGUGAGCGAGCUAGGGUUAGCUGGAGAAGAUUUUUUUUUUUUGAAUCUUUUCUUCGUCUUGGGGCGAAAGAAGCGACUCUGGUCUCCAGUCCUCGAAGCUCCGACUGGAUUGUUCCUGGCGCUCACAUCCGUCGGUGGAUUUCUUUCCGAUUUGCAAUUCUGACUCCCUCCCUCGCCACCUCCUUCCAGCUCUGCACUCUCCGAUCGCCUCACCCCCACCUCCCCAGACCCCUCCUGGGCGCGCAGGGGAAUUGGACCCGCGGGGACUCACGCCUUCCGGGACGAGCGAGGGGAGGGCUGACCUCAGGACGGGCUGUUGGCUUAUAAAGCAGCCAGACACGCAGCGAGGCGUGUGUGAUUUUGGUGGGCAGGGGGGGCGUCGAGGGGCAGCCCACCGCCCGCCUCCCACCCCACCCCCUCCAGCCAGAGGCGAGAAUCGCAGCACUCAGGAUCUUCAGCGGGCGGACAGGCUGGGAUCUCUGCAUUGGAUUCGGGGCUGAUUACCACUGCUUGGCUAUUAUUGUUUUUUAAAAAAGAAUUGAUUUCAUUUUUUUAACCUAAGGGCGAAAGACAAAAUAACUGUGGGAUUUAUUUAACAUGAUCUUGGCAAACGCCUUCUGCCUCUUCUUCUUUUUGGACGAGACCCUCCGCUCUUUGGCCAGCCCUUCCUCCCUGCAGGGCCCCGAGCUCCACGGCUGGCGCCCCCCAGUGGACUGCGUCCGGGCCAAUGAGCUGUGCGCGGCCGAGUCCAACUGCAGCUCCCGCUACCGCACGCUGCGGCAGUGCCUGGCGGGCCGGGACCGCAACACCAUGCUGGCCAACAAGGAGUGCCAGGCGGCCCUGGAGGUCCUGCAGGAGAGCCCGCUCUAUGACUGCCUCUGCAAGCGAGGCAUGAAGAAGGAGCUGCAGUGCCUGCAGAUCUACUGGAGCAUCCAUCUCGGGCUGACAGAGGGUGAGGAGUUCUAUGAAGCCUCGCCCUACGAGCCCGUGACCUCGCGCCUCUCGGACAUCUUCAGGCUUGCUUCAAUCUUGUCAGGGACAGGGGCAGACCCGGCUGUCAGUGCCAAGAGCAACCAUUGCCUGGACGCUGCCAAGGCCUGCAACCUGAAUGACAACUGCAAGAAGCUGCGCUCCUCCUACAUCUCCAUCUGCAACCGUGAGAUCUCAUCCACCGAGCGCUGCAACCGCCGCAAGUGCCACAAGGCCCUGCGCCAGUUCUUCGACCGCGUGCCCAGCGAGUACACCUACCGCAUGCUCUUCUGCUCCUGCCAAGACCAGGCCUGUGCUGAGCGCCGCCGGCAGACCAUCCUGCCCAGCUGCUCCUAUGAGGACAAGGAGAAGCCCAACUGCCUGGAGCUCCGCAGCCUGUGCCGAACCGAUCACUUGUGCCGGUCCCGGCUGGCGGACUUCCACACCAACUGUCGAGCCUCCUACCGCACCCUCACCAGCUGCCCUGCCGACAAUUACCAGGCGUGUCUGGGCUCCUACGCGGGCAUGAUUGGGUUUGAUAUGACCCCGAACUACGUGGACUCCAGCCCCAGCAGCAUUGUGGUGUCCCCCUGGUGCAGCUGUCGCGGCAGUGGGAACAUGGAGGAGGAGUGCGAGAAGUUUCUGAGGGACUUCACUGAGAACCCGUGCCUCCGGAAUGCCAUCCAGGCCUUUGGCAAUGGCACAGAUGUGAAUGUGUCCCCCAAGAACCCCCCAUUCCAGGCCACCCAGGCCCCUCGGGUGGAGAAGACUCCUUCUUUGCCAGAUGACCUCAGUGACAGCACCAGUCUGGGGACCAGUGUCAUCACCACUUGCACAUCUGUCCAGGAGCAGGGGCUAAAGGCCAACAACUCCAAAGAGUUAAGCAUGUGCUUCACAGAGCUCACGACAAAUAUCAUCCCAGGGAGCAAAAAGGUGAUCAAACUUAACUCAGGCCUCAGCAGAGCUCGACCGACGGCUGCCUUCACCGUGCUCCCCCUCCUGAUGCUGAAACUGGCAUUGUAGGCGCUGGGGACUGUGUCUUGAGAUUUCUACAAGCUACAGAACUCCCGCCUGAGAAAAUGGAAAGACACCCAGACACCCAGACACACACGCGCGCGCGCACACACACACACACACCUACCUUGCAAAAAAAUUUUUUUUCCCACCUCGUCUCUGAACCUGUCUCCUCCCAGGUUUCUGCUCUGGAGAAGAUUUUCUAAACCAAACAGACAAGCAGGUGGGCAGCGUGAGAGCCAGCCCAGCGGUCCCUUGGCAAGGGGUCCCUCAUGCUGAGGAGGGCGUGGGCUCUUUCCUGUCUCUGGCGUUUUUAUCUCUGGACCCUUCUGAAGCAAAAGACCAAGGCGAGACCCCUGCCGUGGAAGGAACUGUGCUGUGCCUCAUGCAGGCUGGGGACAGGACAACUGCAGCUGUUCUCUCCAGCUGCCCACUCUGGGGACCUUCCAGGGUCUGGAAGUGGGCACUGGUCAGUGGGGAAGCAGGGCUGGCCAUGGGGUCCAGGGGACCUGGUCGGGCCCUCCUCUUACCUUCAAAGAUGGAGAUGGCUUGGCCUCCUUCUCUGCCCUCUGGUGGCUGGCUGGGGCUGUGCUGGGUCCCCUUGACGCUAGUGUGGAGGGCGUCUAGGGCCAGCUCCAGGAGGGCCUGGGAGACAAGCUCUAGGGUCCACCUUCCUCCUCGAUGGCAGGAAUUUUGCAGUCAGAGAUAGGAUGCUUUACUGGCUUUCUUGGCUUCCUUGGGUCCAUUUGGUGGGGCUCCCCUUGGGAGAGGCACCACAGAGGAGGCAGAAGAGACCGAGGCAGGGUGAGUGUCACAGCACCGUCUGGUCUCUGGAGCUCACUCCUUUUCUCCUCUCCCCUCUCCUUGUUCCCCGUUCUCUUUCCUCAUUUCCGAGACACACGUCAACUGUCUGUACAUAACGAGGCUCCUUUCGCAACAUAGGUGUAUAUCCACGCCCGUAUACAUAUAUCCUGUGGUCUCCCUUUUCUUUCCUUUUUCUAAGAAACGAAACUAUGGAAAUAAUACCCCACAGAUGAGCGAAAAUGUAUUAUUGUAAAGUUUAUUUUUUUUAAUAAUGUUGUCUAUAAUGGAAAAAAAAAAUGGAAAUGGACUCCUGGAGCCCCACUCCAGGUGGGCUGAUGGGGCUGUGGCCGGGGACUCCUGAUCCGAAUUCACUUAACCAAGGCUCCAAUAAACGUACUAGGAAGCAA